CGAGGCAGACUGCUCCUCCCACUCCAAACAGUGGAGGAGAUGCAGAAGCAGUAAGAGAAAGCGCGCGUUGUGAUGUGGCUGUACUAGUGGUUGUAGUAGCAGGACGGUGUUUGUAGUGACCGCCGGCGUGAGGAGUCGAUACCUUGUGUUUCCGCGGUGCCAUGUCCACCUUGCCCGUGUGUGUCUGACUGUGUGGUUACCCGCAUGACAAUGGAAUGCACCGUGCGAAGCAUGGCCGAUGCCCAACCUAGCGAAGAGCAAUCUGUUGUUCCGGAGGGACGCGUCGAAAAAGUGUGCAAGGAAUGGUUGGUGCGAGAGGAUGGCGUCCUGGCCUACCGGCUGCAGUCGCAAGAGAUCAAUCAGCGGUACAACCUGAACCGGACAAACAACCAGCUCCUGCGUGCUGAUCUCCCCGUGGCAAAGACAGUGCAACGCACUGAGGAGGAAGAGGCUGACUUCAUCCGCCGCACCUACGAAGAGAUGCUGAAGCAGCAGGAAGAGCAUGAUGCCAAGGUUGCCCUGGAGUUACAACAGCAACUGCAGAGGGAGGCAGCCUUGCAUGCAGCUGCACAGGAGGAAGACCAGAGACUUGCUGUGGAGUUGCAGAGGAGAGAGCUGCCGAAGAAGCUGGACAGGAUAGAACGGAGACGCAGAGACAUUUUCUCACUGAAGACACUUUUAUGGGCAUAUGAUGCACUACCUUCAGUCCUGAAGAGGCUUUCAAUUGGCGAGGACAGUUCUGGUGCCUUCUUUGAUGACAGUGAAAGCAGGGAUGAGGACUUCUCGGACUUCUGCCUACAGCCACCCCCUGGACUCAGUGGGGAGGACCUCAGGAAGUUCCAAGAGGAACAGGAUGCAGAGCUAGCAAGGCUUCUUCAGGAACAGGAAACAAAGAGACGGGGCGCAAGUGCCAAUGAUCGCCAGAUCGCUAUGGAGGCCCAAGACAGGGAGCUGGCCAAGAUGCUGCAGGACCAGGAGAAGGCACGACUGCGCAGGGCACGGGAAAGGGCUCGGCAGAAGGCUCUGCUUCAGCAGCAGCAGCAGACGAAUUCUAUUGAAGAGCCAAACUCCAGUGGCCAACAUGCACCUUCAGGCGAUUUGAGUGGAGAGCCUCUUGAAAAUUCAUCGGCAGCCAAGGCUGAUGGAGAGCCAGUGGGUGCUGCAGCCUUCCUGGUUGGUCCGAGUGGGGUGAAGAACAUUGCCACCGAAAUUGACCCCACUUUCAGCCGUCGAAAGCCAUCGUUGGAACGUCGUGGCAGCGGACGGCGGAGCAGCUCACAUUCUCCUCACAAUACUCUGGACCCUCUUGAGGGUGGCGCCGACAACACCACACCUCCUGGCACAAUCUCGGGAAGCUCAAGCACCAUAGGUGGAUCAACGUCCAGUCCAGCAUUGGCUAAUGCCUGCUACGUUGACCUGGACGAUGGCGAAGGUGCUGUGCCUCCGUACAUGCCGAUCCAGGGCCAGCGGAGGUCAAGUUCCUUCGAGAAGGGCAAGAAGGGGAAGAAAGCAAAGGAUGCAUGCAAGACGCAGUAGUUGCUCUCCCCGCAGCAGAAUAGUUGACUUGAAAAGGAGCGGCCCGUGCUGUGAUUCCUGCCAAGUCUGCUGUUCAAAAGGAAGCAGUGAUGAUUGUGUCAUCUUGUUUGGGAAUGCUGACUUCUGUAUUGUGCGAGCGCGCUUUUGUAAAAUUGGUACUGUCACAACUUGUCAGUUGGCAUGCUCUAGUUAUCUUUGCACUUGAGCAAAAGAAAAACUCUAGGUAGUUUCCACAGAGGCAGGGAAACUGCUGCCACUGUGCAGCUUUUGACACAGCCACUGGCAAGUUAGGACUUCAGGCAGCCGUACAAGAAAUUGAACCACACAGAAAACUCUCAUUGUCUCAUUUCUUUCCCUGUGGCCUCUGAUACUAUAUUUAAUAUUCUACAUCCAGAUUGUAGACAUGUCAUAGUGCAAGGAAGUUGAAAAAUCCCUUCGAAGCCUUUUGUUGCUUUAUUUUUGUUAUUAAUUUUUUCAAGACAGGUGUGCCUUUUGAUAACGAACAAAAGCUGUGCUGUGAUAGAAGUUUAUCUAUCUUCAAAUUCUUUUUUGUCUUUCAUAUUGGGCUCUCUUUCUCUCUCUCAUUUUCUUAAGCUUAAGUUUUAUCAAGCAAAAGGCAAGUGGCACUGGAGGCACUGACAUAAUGCAAAACAAUAACAAACGCAAGCAUUUUUUCAAUCUCAGUACAAGCACUGUAAUUAGUCUUCAUGGCAGCUGCACAACUCAUUCUUCAGUAGUCUUAUGUGCAUAUCUUCUCAAUCCACCAUAUCCAAAUAGAGGCAAUAUCAUGGCAUGUUUGACAAGGUUCAGAGGCAGUUUGUUACUGUUGUGCCUGGAGAGGGAGUAAGCAGUUCAGAAGGUUUGAACAGAGCUGGUUGCACGGUGCUCCCUCAGUGUCCUUUGAGGGCUUUUUUGACGAGCGCUUCUUGGGACAUGGCAAGAUAACGAUGCCACUCAUCAACCCAGGGCCAACUCAAGCAGGUGCGUACUCGUUUAGCAUCCAUGUUUUUAAAGUGAGCUUGUUAAGUACAGUUUGCUGCUAGUCCUACAGUUACAAAAGAAGAAAGAGAACUACAGAUAUAUAUACACACACAGACAUAUGUAUAUAUAUAUAGAUAUAUACAUGCCUCUGGCAACUAUUAUAUAGUCCCAGCAUGUAGAGAAUUGGAAGAUGCACGUCAGUGCUCUUGCACCAGAGUGGCAGGAGUACUGCUCUCCUAAGAAGCAAAGCAAAAUGCACUGAUCAUCAAGCGGCAAGUUGUAUUACACUUUAUAAAUGCUGUAGUACUUUGCAACAGCAUCUUCAACAAGACGUGCAAGUGGGAAAAAAAGGCGUCUUGGUCAGUGG